AUCCUUGAUUAAAUCGAACAAAUCGAUAUAAGUGAGCUCAAUGUAAUAUAUGGUUUCUUUUUAUUUUAAAAAUUUCAAUAUGUAAAUAACCAUAACAUAAAUUUAAGUCAGUCCUGGAAGAAAAAAACAAACAAGCCAUAGUUUGCUUGGAACCGCACCAAAUCCAACCUAAACAACACUUAAGAAAAUACGUUUAGUUACUUGAGUGUCAUUGACCAAUAACAAUUGAAUUUGUGAAGUUAAACCAAACCGGAUUACACGGCCAAAGAGUAACAAAUAUAAAUAGAAGAGUAAGGGAAGUAAGAGAGUAAUAAACCUACGAAAAAGCAAACAACCCUAAAAUUCUCAAGUUUAUCUUUUCAGAAUCCAAAUCACGCCUUGAUGUAGAAAAAGAAGAAGAUACUAUUUAAUGGCGGAUCUGACUUGUACUACACCGUUUGUGUUAUAUCCAUUACUCGUCAUAAUCCUUUUCUUCUACUCCCUUAACCACCAUACCGGAUUUCUCUCCUCCGUCGUCAACGAUGAUCCUUCUUGUCAUCACUCCCUCACCUCUUCGUCUGUGUUCUCUUCCUUCAGAUUCUUACCUUCUCGUUCUUCUUCCUCUUGUCACACCACUCUCAACAACCCGUCUUCAUCAGAAGUUACGGUGGUAGAUGAAGCGGCGCAGAGAAUCGAAGAGGGUUUGGCGAUGGCGAGAGCCGCCAUACAGAAAGCUGGAGAAGUGGAUCUCCGGAAGAAUAGUUCGGAUUUGGGAUUUGUAUCAAAUGGAUCUAUCUAUCUCAACGCUUUUGCUUUUCAUCAGAGCCACAGAGAGAUGAAGAAGAGAUUUAAGAUAUGGACAUAUAGAGAAGGAGAAGCUCCUCUCUUUCACGAAGGUCCUCUCAACGAUAUCUACGCUAUUGAAGGCCAAUUCAUGGACGAGAUCGAGAAUGGAAAUAGCCCUUUCGCUGCAGCUUCACCAGAGGAAGCCACCAUGUUCUACAUCCCUGUAGGGAUCGUCAGUAUCAUACGAUUUGUCUAUAGACCUUACACUAGCUACGCACGUGACCGUCUCCAAAACAUUGUCAAAGACUACAUCUCUCUUGUCUCUAACCGUUACCCUUACUGGAACCGCACUCGCGGUGCUGACCAUUUCUUCCUCUCCUGUCACGAUUGGGCACCUGAUGUUUCAACGGUAGAUCCAGAACUAUACAAGCAUUUCAUCAGAGCUCUAUGCAAUGCCAAUGCAUCCGAGGGGUUCACACCCGUGAGACACGUUUCAUUACCGGAAAUAAAAAUUAAAUUCAGCAAAUUAGGGUCUACACACGAGGGAGAACCGCCUCAAAACCGAAAACUAUUGGCGUUUUUCGCCGGCGGUUCUCACGGAGAAGUUCGGAAAAUACUUUUCCAACACUGGAAAGAAAAGGACAAAGACGUUCUUGUCUACGAGUAUCUCCCCAAGACCAUCAACUACGCGAGAAUGAUGGACCAUGCGAAGUUUUGUCUGUGUCCGAGCGGUUGGGAAGUAGCUAGUCCAAGAAUCGUGGAGGCUCUUUACUCCGGUUGUGUUCCGGUCAUCAUAGCUGAUUCUUACGUACUUCCAUUUAGUGACGUGUUGAAUUGGAAGAGAUUCUCGGUUCAGAUUCCGGUACGGAAGAUACCGGAGAUAAAGAAGAUUUUAGAAGCGAUAACUGAAGAGGAGUACUUGGAGAUGCAGAGGAGAGUUCUUGAGGUGAGAAAACACUUUGUUGUAAACAGACCAUCGAAGCCAUAUGAUAUGUUGCAUAUGGUUAUGCAUUCGCUUUGGUUACGGAGGCUUAAUGUUAGAAUUCCUUUUUCACAGUGAAACUAUAUGUUGUUAGACUCUUUUAAUAUAGUAGAUAUUACACAUGCAUAUAGUAUAUAAGAACUUGGGAAACUUUAAAAAUGUUUCGUUUCACAUAUAUAUUCGAUUAGUACAAGCCUUCGAGUUUCGUUUGGGAAAGAAACGUGUAAAAGUUGCAUGCAGGCCUGGUUGUACGUGUAACGGUAGGAAACCCACCCACAAGGCCCAUAAAGGAUAAGAACUUAGAAAACGAGAAAUAUUGUUAUCAUACUUUAAAAUCAUAGUAACCACCACCAAGGCACCAACUAUAGUUGUUCAAAUGAGAUAGCAUUUUUCUGUUAUGAAGUUUUUCUACUACAAGACAUAAGCCAUCAAUUUUUAUUCCUUGUUACUUUAGAAUUUAGAUAUUCUAUCUGUUACAUAAAACUUGGGCAGCUUUUUUCAUAGCCUCAAAAUCAUAAUAGUAGCAAUAUUUGAAGCGAGAAUAUAGGAAGGACCAAUACUGCAGUAAUGAAUAGUGUGUCGUAGAAUAGCAAGUAACUUUUUCAAAGUUGUAAAAGCAGUAAUAAUCGCAUUAAAUUUAGUGAACCUACUAGUAGUACUUUUGCAGAGUUCACACGGUAAGAAAGGAACGUAUCUUACCUUCUUUAAUGAUUGAAUUUCACUAUGUAAAUUGAUUAAUAUAAAGGUUAGUGUUCCAUCAGAAAUCCAACCAAACAUAAACCGGUUCAACAACAUCAGCAAUGUAAAGACGUUUCAGUUUCUUGGCACUGCCAGUGGAAAGUACACAUUGUCCUAACCCCCACUGCGUCCGAUAAACACAAAACAGCAAAAUUCAAAAAUCUAAUGACACAAAAAAAAAACUAAAAUAGAAAGACC